CCGACACUUUUGAUCGGGCCACCGAUGACUCUGGCUUGACCAAAAUCGUCUUCUCUCUUCAGUGCAUGAGCAGUGAGCACCUACCAAAAAAUUCAGUGCACGAGUACCUCUCAACCAGACAAGUGCAGGAGCACAUCACAGAUAGCCAAGACAUAUACUCAAAAAAUCUUGCGAGCGACAACUGUGCCGUUUCAUUUUUUUUAAACAAAAUUAAUAAGUUUUCAGUCAUUUCUUUUUGAGUAUUUAAAAUAAUUCUUUCUCUCCUUAUUAACGUCGACUACGUGUUCAGACAGCUACCUACGGAUAAGAUAAUUUAUUUUGAUAAGCCUAAUUUGAAACCCUUAUCUUCACUAAUGGAUUUCGAUGAAUAUAGAACAAGAGGAAAAAUAAUGAUAGACUAUAUAGCCGAUUAUUUAGAAACAAUACGGGAACGGCGUGUCUACCCGAACGUGCACCCGGGAUAUCUAAGGAACUUAACACCAGACUGUGCUCCCGUUGAACCAGAAUCGUGGGACCACAUAAUGGACGACGUCGAGAACAUCAUUAUGCCUGGGAUCACACACUGGCAAUCGCCUCAGAUGCAUGCGUAUUUUCCGGCACUAAAUUCGUUCCCUUCACUAUUGGGUGACAUGCUAGCGGACGCGAUCAACUGCCUAGGAUUCACAUGGGCCAGCAGCCCUGCUUGCACAGAGUUGGAAAUCUUAGUAAUGAACUGGCUGGGAAAGAUGAUCGGACUUCCCGAAGCGUUUUUACAUACGCACAACGAGAGCAAAGGAGGAGGCGUCAUCCAGACUACAUCAAGUGAAGCGACAUUUGUUUGCUUAUUAGCUGCCAGAACUCAGGCGAUCCGUCGGAUACAGGAGACAAAUCCAGAACUAGAAGAUGUAGAAAUAAAUAGCAGACUGGUGGCUUACUGUUCUGAUCAGGCUCAUUCAUCAGUCGAAAAAGCUGGUCUCAUUGGACUCGUGAAAAUGCGAUUUAUUGAAAGUGACGACUCCUUAUCUCUUAGAGGAGCUCAAGUGAUGGAAGCUAUCGCCAUUGAUAAAAAACAAAACUUGAUACCAUUUUUUCUAUGUGCGACGUUGGGUACAACUGGCGCUUGUGCGUUCGACAAACUCGAAGAACUCGGACCGAUAUGCCACGCGGAAGACAUGUGGUUUCAUGUCGACGCUGCGUACGCGGGUACUGCGUUUAUAUGUCCAGAAUUUCGUCAUUGGCUCUCGGGUGUCGCAUACGCAGAUUCGAUUGCAUUCAAUCCUAGUAAAUGGAUGAUGGUCCAUUUCGAUUGCACGGCAAUGUGGGUCAAAAACAGUGAAUGCCUUCAUCGGACUUUCAACGUUGAUCCGUUAUAUUUACAACAUGAAAAUUCAGGACUUGCUAUCGACUAUAUGCACUGGCAAAUACCAUUGAGUAAACGAUUUAGAGCAUUGAAACUGUGGUUUGUGAUUCGAUGUUUUGGAAUAAAAGGUCUUCAAAAACAUAUUAGAGCAGGUGUACAGUUGGCCAACAAAUUCGAACUUCUUGUGUUGAAUGAUAAAAGAUUCGAAAUACCUGCAGCUAGACAUUUAGGUUUAGUCGUUUUUCGUCUGCGUGGAGAAAAUCAUUUAACAGAAAGACUGCUAAAGCGCUUAAAUUCUAAAGGAAGAAUUCAUUGUGUUCCUGCAUCACUUAAAGGUAAAUACGUUAUACGUUUUACUGUAACUUCACAAUAUACUACGAUUUCGGACAUUACAAGAGAUUGGGCUGAAAUUAAAGCGACGGCUACUGAAAUCAUUAACGACGACAAAGCUGACUCUACCUACAAUAAAUCAAAAGUUUCAUUAGCUGAGACACGUAAUUGGAACAAUAACUUCGGUGCCAGUCUACUAUUAGCCAAUUCACCUAUGUCACCAAAAGUUGUAAACGGAAGCUUUGCCGCAUUGUUUGAUAAUGGAGACGAUUGGUCACGAAAACUAUUGAGAAGUGAAAUGAAAGACAGCUCUUCAAUGAGAAGAAGAAUUCGCGGGAUUUUAAUGUCUGGAAAACAGUUUUCUCUGGAUUCACGUAUGGAUUUAGUCCAAGGAAUGGUUCCAACUGCAUCAAAAAAGGCAAUCAUGACAGAUUCCGUUAAAGAUUCAUUAGAAGAAACGUCAGAAAAUAAGAGCACAGAGAAUGAUGAAAAAGAGAAGAACGGAGAACCGAAAAAUCCUAAAUCUCGUAUUUUUCGUCUUCCACAACAUGAAACCAAUCUAACUCCUUUGAUGGAAGGCAAUAACACAGAUCUUAUAGAUUAGUUAAAUCACCAUAAUGUGGUAAAUUAAUCCUUUAUUUAUUUCUAGAUGUUUGUAUUAUUUUUCAAUAAAUAUCUAUCAAUAGCAAUUACAAAUUUUUUUAAAUAAUUAUAAUAAGUAUAUUUAUUUUAGAAUCAUAGCAUUUUUUUUGUACAAUAUUCUAUCUUUAUUUCAUUUGUUACAAAUUACAUUUAUUACACAUUUUUAAACUAUAACUAUAUUAUUUAAUUUAGUAUUUAUCAAAUAUCAAAUAAGAAUAGAGGCUUUAAAAUUGCUAUUUAACUGCUUUGAUUUCUAAUUUGCUAUCAAGAUAUAUUGUUAUUUAAAGUCUUCAGAUAUACCUAAUGUAAUUUAAAAUCGAGAACUAAUUUAAAACAAAAAAACAUAUUUACUUUUUUAUUUUGUAAUCAAAAUACAAUCAUAUACCUACCUACUAUUAUGAAUAUAUAUUUCUUUUUAAUUAAAACUUUAAAUUCUAACUGUAAACAUAACUUUAAAUCUAUAAUUAUUAAAGGAAUAUAAUAUUAUGUCAAACGUACUUACACGCAGUUAAGUAGAGUACAUUAUUAAACAUAUAAUAGAAAGGUAUCCAUAAAAUGCAUUUUAUUUUAUAAAAUAUAAGAUCUACAAUAUUAUUACCUAUUUCAAACAUAAACUAUGGUUAAAAAAUAAACAUAUCUAUCCAUUUACACAAUUAGAAUAAAAGAAUUAACAAGUCAUAGAUUCAGAUGUUUAUCUGUUAAAAAAUUCCACUAAAAUGUUUUUGAAAUCAUAUUUUAAAUGUAAUAAUAUAAAAUAUUAUUUAGGUUUAUGUUUUUAUUGAUAAUUGUUUUAAAACAAAAGUAGUAGUAUAUCGGUAUGUAAUAUAUAUAGUGUGAUUUUAGACUGUUAAAUGUUUAUAGCUCCAUCAUAAAUAUUUAAAUUGGAGGGAGGAGAUAAAGCUACAGAUAAUCGUUAUAAUAAUAGUUAAUACUUAAUUAUCAAAUUUAAUCUAAUAGGUUUAAAUAAUUUGAUAUAUUUUUAAAUAUUAUGACAUAAUACAUAAUAUCAAUUUAGGUGUACGAUUCUUGUAGUUUUGAUGAGAUAAGUUUUGUGAGAACUCCAUUCUUCCUUCCGAGACACUUAUUAUAAUGCCCUAAUAUAAUAAUAAGUAAUAACAUAUAAUAUUGAUUAAGUUUAAUGAAGAAUAACCAGAUACAUGAUACAUAUUAUACAUUUUAAUAUUUAUAAAAAUUUAUAUAGGCUAUAUAAAUAUUAAUCAAUAUAUUUUCAAGCAUUACCUUACUCAUAAAUGAUUUAAAAUUAAAAACUAUUAAAUUAUAUUAUAAUAUAUUAUCAUCUAAACAUAUUUUAAAUUUCUGACUAUCUAACGUUUAGUAUAGUAAACAUAUCUAUUUAUACAACUGUAGUUUGACUCUAUGAGAAUCCAUCGGGUCUAGUCAAGUAUCUAAUCAACUAGGAAUUAUUUAGAAUAACGUAAAUCUAUAAUCUCUAAAUAUCGUAAAUCUCAAAAUGGUUUGAUUCACAUUACUCAUAUAUUUUAUUAUUUGGAUUUUUUUUUUUAGAGUAUUUUAAUCCUAUCCCUAUUUUUAUUUUUUAAGUGUAAAUAUUGUUCUGUGUAUGACUUGUAUACCUUCAUUGUAUAAUAUAAUACGUAGGUACUAAAAAAUCCAUAGAAUCAAUUUUCAGUUAUUUUUCCGUAGGUAACAAAUUAGGUUAAUAUGUACGUUUUUUAUUAUUGCAGUCUAAGCUAAUAUUAUAAUUAGUAUGCAAGUAGUGAACUUAUGAUCUUAAUUUUGCUAUAUAGUAUUUUAAUUUUAAAAAUUUUAGUCACAAUAAAUACUAUAAUAGGCAUUAGUAAACAUUCCAGUUUAUACGACUAUUAAAGGAUUCGGUUAAAAAUUAGUCAACUUAAUUUAUUGUACUUACCUAAAUACUUUAUUGUCUUAAGAGGACGUUACCCAUGCAUUUGUUGUCUCCAUCUUACACACACCCAACAUAGCAAAAUUUCGUUCACUAGUUUCAAUAGUGUGUUGUUAGUAUUGAUAUUAGAUUAAAUUGACCUAUAAUCAAACUUUUAGGUAAGAACAUUAUCUGUGCUUAAGCGUUGGCGAUUUUUCAAUUUUUUCAAGCAUACUGUGAGCAAGAAUGUAGUGAAAUAUCACAAAAUAAAAAUACUCAUAUCUCGCUUAAAAAUUAAACUAUGGAAUAGAAGCCAACGCUUAAGCACAGAUAAUGUUAUUAUCUAAAAGUUAUAUAAUAAUUGGUCAAUUCACUCUAAUAUCAAAAUUAACAGCACACUAUUGAAACCAGUGAACGAAAUUUUGUUAUGUCGGGCGUGUGUAAGACGGAGAUUACAAAUACAUGGAUAACAUCCUCUUAAAUAUAACUAUCAAUGGCUAAUAAUAUUAAAAUACCUACACUAUUGUAAUAAAGAAAUACAUCUAAAUUUAUUAUUAUUUUUUUAACUAUAAGGAUAUUGUUUGGAAAGUUAAUAACUUACCUAUAUAAAUGUUAGCGAUAAUUUGAUUUAAAAAAAUGUAUAUUGCCUAGGUAUUAUUCAUACUAUAUUUUCGUUAAAUAUUACAAUAACGAAAAUGAUAGUUAAUCCUGUUCUCAUUAUCUAAAAACAACCAAAGAUUGCUAACAAUUUGUUUAAAAAAACAACCAAUAACUAUGGAAAAUGUACGCUGAAAGAAAAACGCUAUAUUAUAUUAUAUCUCAUAAUUCGUUUUUAUGAUAAUAAUAUUAUAAUUAUUAUUUUGGAAUAUUUUUUAAGGUCAAAAUGUGUCUAUUUUUAUUAAAAUUCAAAACAAACAUUUACUAUAAUAAUACUGAUUUCAUAUUUUAAUGACUAAUAGUUAUCAUUUGUAUUUACUAGACCGUUUAUCAUUUAAUUAUUGUUUGAGACAGUUUGACACAAUUUAAAAUAGGUACCUAUUUAAUUAUAAUUUAAAAUAUAUUUUCUAACUUUGCAAAACGGUCAUUAUCAUUAUUGGUUAGCAAUACACUAGAAUUACUAAAUACCGACAUUGCCGCUUACACUUACCUAUACAUAUAUAUAAUAUAUAUAUAUAUUAUAACUUAUAAUUACUAAUAGAUGCUUACAUACUUGUAUUUAAUAGUUUAACGUAAACUUACAAUAUUAUAUAAACUAUUUAACCAAUAUUAUUGUAUCAUUAUAUUUAUUUACGCAAUUGACAUAUUAAAAUUAUUAUUUUUUGUAUAAGCUAAUCAUUGUAAUUUGUUUAAAAAUGUAUAAUACACUUAAUAAUAAUUAUCAUUUACCUAUAUAUUUUAGCAUUUUAGUGAU